AUGAAGGGUCUGGAGACGAUUUAUGAAGGCGACGAGGGGGAUGAGGCGGCCCUCAUGCAGGAGCGAGACACGGCGAGAGGGGACGGACGAGAGGGAGAAAGAAAGACAGGGGACGGACGAGGAGGGGAGGUUAAGAGCGGGGACGAAAGAGAAGGUCUCGGAGGGGGAAGCAACGGGGGGUCGCAGAGUCAAGAGGCGGCGAGGGAUGGCGGCGAGGGAGGAGGCAAGAGGCGCUACUAUCGCGCCGCAGAAAGCGGCGGGAAUCGCGGGAGAGGCGGGGACGGGAAGGCGGACGAGGAGGAGAGAGAGGAGGAGGAUGAUUACGAGGAGUAUAUCCCCGUUAAGAAGCGACGCCUUAUGGAGCAGCAACGGCUCCUAGCUGCGCGAGCGGCCGCGCGCGGUAUAGCGCUGGGCGCAAAGGGCGGCGGAACCGGGGGAGGCGGAGACGGGGAAGGAGCCGGCGGCGGGGAGGACGGCGCCGGAGCUGGGCCGGAGGCUCGGCCGAGCCUGUUGGUGAAGGCGACGAUGCUGAAGAAGGACGUGCCGGAGCUGAGCCACACGGAGCAGGUGCUGGCGGAGGAGAAGGAGAUGUUCGAACGCCUCAGCGACCGCAAGACGCUCAUGAGCGUGAAAGAACUCGCCAAGGGCAUCCAGGUGCGUGGAGGGGCGUUGAUACGGGCAUCCAGGUGCGUGGAGGGGGUUGAUACGGGCAUCCAG